AUCUUCUCUUCGCUGCCCCCGUAAGGUUGCAAACGCCAUUUUCAUCCCCCACCCCCCCGCCGCUUUUUAAAAAAAAAAAGAAGAAGAAGAAAAGUGAGCUCUAGGAGCAUUUUUUUUUUUUUUUAGUAACUUAGUGGCAGGACUGUUUUGGGACCGGCGCUCCUCUGCUGUGGGUAUAAUCCGCGUGACUGUCCCUGUUAUCUCCGUAGAUAGCCCUAAACAUCCCCCCAAGACGUUGAUUGAUCUGGAUACUAUCGAUGUCAGCAACCUCAACAGGCAAUUUUUGUUUCAAAAGAAACAUGUUGGAAGAUCAAAGGCCCAGGUUGCCAAAGAAAGUGUACUGCAGUUUUACCCGAAAGCUAAUAUCAUAGCCUAUCAUGACAGCAUCAUGAACCCUGACUAUAAUGUGGAAUUUUUUCGACAAUUUAUAUUGGUUAUGAAUGCUUUAGAUAACAGAGCUGCUCGCAACCAUGUUAAUAGGAUGUGCCUGGCAGCUGAUGUUCCUCUUAUUGAGAGUGGAACUGCUGGUUACCUUGGGCAAGUAACUACCAUCAAAAAGGGUGUAACUGAGUGUUAUGAAUGUCAUCCCAAACCUACCCAGAGAACUUUUCCUGGCUGUACAAUUCGUAACACACCAUCAGAACCUAUUCAUUGCAUCGUUUGGGCAAAGUAUUUGUUCAACCAGUUGUUUGGGGAAGAAGAUGCUGAUCAAGAAGUAUCCCCUGACAGAGCUGACCCUGAAGCUUCCUGGGAACCAAUGGAAGCUGAAGCCAGAGCCAGAGCAUCUAAUGAAGAUGGUGACAUUAAACGUAUUUCCACUAAGGAAUGGGCUAAAUCAACUGGAUAUGAUCCAGUUAAACUUUUUACCAAGCUUUUUAAAGAUGAUAUCCGGUAUCUGUUGACAAUGGAUAAACUGUGGCGGAAAAGGAAACCUCCAGUUCCAUUGGAUUGGGCUGAAGUACAAAGUCAAGGCGAAGAAACCAAUGCAUCAGAUCAACAAAAUGAACCCCAGUUAGGUCUGAAAGACCAGCAGGUUCUAGAUGUAAAGAGCUAUGCCUGUCUUUUUUCAAAGAGCAUUGAGACUUUGAGAGUUCAUUUAGCAGAAAAAGGGGAUGGAGCUGAGCUCAUAUGGGACAAGGAUGAUCCAUCUGCAAUGGAUUUUGUCACCUCCGCUGCGAACCUCAGGAUGCAUAUUUUCAGUAUGAAUAUGAAGAGCAGAUUUGAUAUAAAAUCAAUGGCAGGGAACAUUAUUCCUGCUAUCGCUACUACUAAUGCAGUGAUUGCUGGGUUAAUAGUAUUGGAAGGAUUGAAGAUUUUAUCAGGAAAAAUAGACCAGUGUAGAACGAUUUUUUUGAAUAAACAACCAAACCCAAGAAAGAAGCUUCUUGUGCCUUGUGCACUGGAUCGUCCCAACCCUAAUUGUUACGUAUGUGCCAGCAAGCCAGAGGUGACUGUUCGACUGAAUGUCCACAAAGUGACUGUUCUCACAUUACAGGAUAAGAUAGUGAAAGAAAAAUUUGCUAUGGUAGCACCAGAUGUCCAAAUUGAAGAUGGGAAAGGAACAAUCCUAAUAUCUUCAGAAGAGGGAGAGACAGAAGCUAAUAAUCACAAAAAGCUGUCAGAAUUUGGAAUUAGAAAUGGGAGCCGGCUUCAAGCAGAUGACUUCCUUCAGGACUACACUUUAUUGAUCAACAUCCUUCAUAGUGAGGACCUAGGGAAGGAUAUUGAAUUUGAAGUUGUUGGUGAUGCCCCAGAAAAAGUGGGGCCCAAACAAGCUGAAGAUGCUGCCAAAAGCAUAACUAAUGGCAGUGACGAUGGAGCUCAGCCUUCCACGUCCACUGCACAAGAGCAAGAUGAUGUGCUCAUAGUUGAUUCAGAUGAAGAAGGUCCUUCAAAUAAUGCUGACAUCAGUGAAGAAGAGAGAAGUCGCAAGAGGAAAUUAGAUGAGAAAGAGAAUAUCAGUGCAAAGAGGUCCCGCACAGAACACACAGAAGAGCUUGAUGAUGUGAUAGCAUUAGAUUGAACAGCUGCCUCUAAACAGGACCCUCUUACUGCAGUAGGUCAUCUGGGCAGAUCCAGGUUAUUUGUUACGUCCUUUGUUCCAAAGGGAAAAAAUUGACACCAGUGACUCGAAGAUGAUUCUGCUCCUUUGGAAAGCAUUCAUUUUGCUAGAACAAUUAGAAACAUUGCGGUAUGCGGUAUUGAAAGUAGGAAUAUAGUUUUAAAGCCCUUUGAACAAAGUGUGUGCAUAACCAGUCAUGAGAUGAAACAACACAAUGCAUGUUGCCUUUUUAAUGUAAAUACCCUUAGGUAUCAUUUAACAGUUUUAAAAUAUUGUGGUUUAGUAAAGUUGAUACCUGGUUAUAAAUAUUAUGCCUUUAUUUUUGGUUAGAAGAAGAAUUAUUUUUAGCCUAGAUCUAACCAUUUUUCAUACUCUUAACUGACUGAAACAGAUUCAAAGAAGUAUCAAGUGCUAUGCAUUGAAACGUGUUUUUAAAUGUUACCUGGCACUAUGUAUAUUAAUGUAAAACAAUGUUAAUUUACUCAAGUUUUCAGCUUGUACUGCCUGGUGUGUCUGUGUAAGAAGCCAAUUUUGUGUAUUGUUACAGUUUCAGGUUAUUUAUAUUUGAUGUUUUGUAGAACUCAAAUACGACUAUACUGUACUUAUGGACCAAAUAAAUGGCAUCUGCAUACUUGUUAUACAUGCCUGCAUAGUUCACGUUUCUGCUGCCUUAGUGGGUUUAUAUAUUACUGCAGGCAUGCUAAAUUCUUUCCUUCUAAAAACUUAACUCCUAAUGGAUAUGAAGGUUAAAUGAUCUCCACUGUUUGCCAUAGAUGAGUACUUUCUAAAAUAAAACUUUAAAUGGCAGUGUUGCUUUUUAGGUUUGGAUUGUAAACAACUGGCCUUCUGUUGAGAACAUUAAGUGAUCUUUGCCCAGCCCCAGGAACUUAGAACCUUGGAUUUGAGAUUCCAGAGCAGGGGAGAGUCUUCUUCUACAGUCUUCUCUGGGUUGCCCCUCCCCACCCCACCCCCACCCUCAAUUCAUCAGAGUCCCUUCUUGAGUAUGUACCAUUUAGGGCCCAACUCCAGCCUACAUAUGUGGCCAGACCAGUGCUGGAUGGAUCAGCAUCCCUGUCUCUGCCGCUGGCCUCAGAGGACCUUGGCCCUUAGGGGGUACUCUCCUCACACAGAUGUGCCUUGAGUUUUUAGAUAACAGAAACCCCUGGAGUUGUUUUCCCCCAUUCUAUACCCCAACCUUCGGUGGUUUUGGCUGCAGUCGAUUAAAUUUCAAGUUAUUGGUUCAUCAUUUUGUUCUCCUUUGUAUAGUUCUUACUCUGCCAUCUAGGUUAUUAACUCUUACUCCUUGUUUUGUAUCAUUUGUAAAUUCAGCAUGUAAUCAAAGCCUUCAGAAAAAUCAUGUUGAACAAGACUCCGCCCUCAGGAGCCUGCCGGUUGAUGCCUGCAGGAUGGACUGACUUCCAGCCUUCAGAUACAGCACUGAGCUAGCUGAAUCCCACCUACAACUGUAUGAGUGUAUGAGGUUCUCUUUGCCUUUAGAGUCUUACAAGAUGUUCCAUUUUCCUCCAGGCGAAAAAAAAGUCUCAAAAUUAUAAAACUAUGUAACAGACAAUAAUGAAAUAUUCUGGAAAUCCACCUCUCAGAAAUGUUUCGGUUAACUGGUUGGUCACUGGUGAUCAUGUUCAAUUUUGAAAUUCCAUUCCUAAAACCUCAUACGACCCUUUUAGACUUCAUUAUCAAUGUAUUUUUCCAGCAUUUUAUAUAUUUCUUUUAUUCUUUUCCAUUUAUAUGUACAUGGCAGUAAGUGCCAGUUUGACUUGUAGAGUGAGGUUUCUGUUUUGGGAGACCAGUGGUUUUUUUUUUUCUUUUUUUCUUUUUUUUUUAACCUCUGCAACAACUCUUAUAACUACCUUUUCCAGCAGGUUCUGUCCAUUUUGUACCUGUUUCUAUAAAAUCAGGGUUUAUCAGCAAGGCUGGUCCAAUGCAAGGGACCCAGUAGACUGAGCAGAUCCAAGCUGCCUCCACACCCCUGGAGCAUGGAGACACUUUAGAUGUGGCCUGGUAUUGGUGGUUCUCCUGUGCAAGUUGUCUUCUCAGUUGGGGAGCUAGAUGCAGAACUCGUCAGGGGCCUUUCCCCAGCAGCUCUGUCCUGAAAUACAGUCUGAAAACCAUCUUCCAGCCUUAAUGGGAACGGUCUGGUGAUUCAGGUUUACCAUCUAGUCUAUUGUCCCAAAGAUCAGUCCGCAUACUGCAUACUUGGCAUGCAUGAGAGGACUUGGUGUUUUAACAUACAGCCUGACCCUUUAAAUAACCAAGCAGACAUUAGUGGAUGCCAAAACCUUUCAUAAAAAGUUGUUGAGGAACAGAAUCUUUACGGUGCUCAAGUGUUGCUGUACAGAGAACUCGCAGAAGGGGAAAAAAAAAAUCAGCUUUUGACCAUGUGCUGGUCUUGUCACCACUGUAAUCGCCUACUCAGACCUGGCAUCAGGAACGGGACAACGGGACGUGUGCUUCCCAAUGAGAUGAUAGACUCAGUCAGCAGCAUGGAGACAAAAACCAUGUUAACCUGAACCUAAUGCAGCUUCUAGACCUAACUUCCAGCUGGCAGGAAAUGGGGGGGGGGGGUGGUAAGAGGAGCAAGCUAAACAUUAGGAAGAAACGGACAAGUACAGAAUACGGGAUGUUCUCGAACUCAAGUUCAACAUACGUGACUUUAGCAAUUCUUGUGACAAUUGGAAAUGGGAUAUGGUGGUCAUGGAAGUAUUUUUUUAGGUAUGGUAACGUCCUUGUACUUUUGUAGGCCAGUGUCUAUUCUUCGAAUAUUAGGGAUGAAGCUUCAUAACAACUUUUAAAUGGCUCAGCAAAAUACACAAUACAGGAAGAAAAAGAUGAUGAAGUUACCCAUUUAUUGAAUCUAGGUGGAGCCUACAUAUGUUCAUUGUACUAUCCAACUUUUCUCUGAAAGCCUUCGUAAUAAAAGUGGAGAGAGAGAUAUAUAUAGUCUGUAUUUUCAUUCUGUGCCUAUGUGACUUUCAAGUUUUGUAAUGAAUAUAUCCUAUGAUUUAAAUCAGAAAGGCAAUAAAGAUUAUUAAAAAUAUAA